ACGGCACAUUCGCAAACGCAUUUCCCGGCCGCCCGGCCCCGCGGGAGCCCCAGCGCCGGAGCCGCAGCCCGCUCGCCCCGGGCCGGCGUCACCCCGCCCGCUGUGACGGCCCCGGCCCUCCCGCUGUGACGCCCCGAGCUGCCGCUUUUAAGCCGCCCCCUGCAGCCGCCGGCUCUCAGUGCUGUCGCCGCCGCAGCGGGACCGGCAGUGCGUGUGUGGCUCGGAGCGUCGGGAGCUGCGACCCAGCUCGGGACUCGCCUCUUCUCGGCUCUUCUCGCCUUCGCAACGCCCUCUAACGUUGCUCUCCUGGGACUCGGUUCUGGGCUUCUCUUGCCCUCUCCGUGCCCUCUACCCUUGUCCGCCAGGGGCUCGGUUCUGGGCUUCUCUUGCCCUCUCCGCGCCCACUCCCCUUGGUCUCCGGGGCUCGUCAGAGUCCGCCGGGCGACUCCUGCGACUGCUCAUUCCGGAGCGGGCCGUGCCCUCGUCUCCCCCGCACCAGGCAGAGCUCCAUGGCACUGCUCAGGAGGGUGCGGGAGCGGCCGCCGUCUGACGGCGCUUCCGCGCCCAGCACCGCCGGGGCCUCGGAGCUCCGGGAGAAGCGCCGGGGCGGGCUGCACGGCGCGGCCGCCCGUGGCGACCUGGCCUGGCUGCAGCAGCGCUGGUGGCGGAAGAGAUUCUCCAUCAACUCGCGGGAUGCCAACAAGCAGUAAGAGGCGGGCAGUGCCCAUAGCGAAGACACACGUGCUCUGGCUGGAAGAGCCGGCGAAGCCCCACACGAUCGCAAGCACCCUAGGGACAGGCCGGCUCCACAGCGCUGCCCUUAGCGGAGGCCCGCCCCAGCUGGGACAGGAGCCAGCGGAUGCGCUCUGGCACCAGAAACCUUGCUUUUGGCUGCUUUUUUGGCAGUUGAGCCUUGUGCCCCUAGGUGGUUGGCACCACAGCCUGAAACGAUGUCUUCAGCCGUCUUCUCUGUGCUAACUGGAUGUAUUUAAUUUCUAGGACGCCUCUGCAUCUUGCUUGUGCGAACGGCCAUGCAGAUGUCGUUCGCUUUCUGGCAGGAAAGCGGUGCCAGCUCAACCCUCAUGGCAUGUUUGAGAAAACACCACUGAUGCUGGCGGUAGAGCACGAGCACAAAGACUGCGUGACUGCUCUGCUGGAGCACGGUGCCGACCCUGACCACAGAGGUGCUGGCGGCAACACUGCCCUUCACAUGGCUGCCAUCAUGCCCAGCAAAGCGAUGGUGGAGCUCUUACUCGAGCACAAUGCCCAGAUUGAGGCUAAGAAUGUGUUGGGAUACACACCUCUUGCCAUUGCCAUCCUCCAACGCCACGAAGAGAUGGUUGAGUUCCUCAUUCAAAAAGGAGCUGAUGUGCACACUCGAGAUCUGCAUGACAGGACCACUCUUGUGAUUGCCGCUUAUGCUGGGAAUGUGAAUGUACUACGGCUUCUUCUUCAGCAUGGUGUUGAUCUUUUUCAUCGAAACAAGUAUGGCUCUGAUGUUUUCGCUUGUCACCGUCAGUUUAAGCCUGAAGUUAUAAAGACACUGGAGGAAUAUGAAAACUGUAAAAGAACAGGAGAACGCUCUGUAGGAGGCACAGGAGGUCCAGCAGUACCUGAGAUCUCUUGCUCUGGGACGACUGCUGCCCCUCCCAUGGGAGCACCUGUGCAGACUGGAGCAGGUGUCUUGCCAGAAGCUGGAGCACAGCAAGAGGAGGAAUGUGACUCCGUGUCUGAUUUAGACCUAACUUCUCUGAAGACUGAUUCUGAAGGUCCAGAGGAAGUGUCAGCUGUCAUGCUGCCUCAUGGUGCAAACCAACAAGGAGCGUGUGCGCAGCCUGUUGCAGAGGAGCAUCACAUUGGUGUGUUGCCAGCAGCAGGUGCAGCACAAGAAGAAGAAGAUUUUGACCUCUCUUCUUUGGAUGAGGUUUUUGCACUGGAGAGAGAAGAGCUUCCGCUCAAGAAGGAGGCUUCAACACAAACCGAUGGUCAAGGCGACACUGAGGGAUUCAUCAGGUGGCUGCGGCAGGAGCUUGUCAGCGCUCUCAGAAACUGCUCCAGAGCAGAAGUUUCACUUGAAGUCGAGAAGCGCUGCAGCAGGGACCUGCAGCAACAGAAACUGCAGCUGCAGAAGGAACUGAACCAUUCUAAAGCUCAGCUGCAGGAACUGCAAGAACGGCUGAUCCGGAGCGAGUGUUAUGCCGAGGCCCUGGAGAGUGCCAUAAAGAAUAAGGAGAGGGAGCUAACAGCUGCCAGGAACCUGCAGAGCCUUCUGGUCACCUCUUCUGGAACUGCAGCUAUCCCAGAGCUGGAAGAACGCAUGCAACAGCUCCAAGUCGGAAUGGCCAAGCUGGAAGCCACAGGCCGGCAACAAGCCAACACCAUGGAAGCCCUUCUGAAAGAGCUGCGAGCCUCUGCCUCACGUGGGAGCGAAAGCAAGGAAUUGAAGAAGCCGGCUGAGAAGAAACGCCAAUUGGAAGCGAUUCUGGACGAAACACAGACAACUAAUGGCACCCUGGAGGAAGAACCUAGCGGCUUGGAGACGCUUCUGGAGGCAUCUCAGACAAAGCUGAUGGAAUAUACAGUGAGGAAGAGAGAGUCCCAGCCCAGUUUCCAGAGAGGCCUGAAGAACAGCUGUUCUGAGGUGGCCAAGCAAGUUGGUAAACAGAGAAGAAAGCAGGUGACAAAAGGAGUCUCAAUGGCCUCCCGCCUUCCGGAUUUCCACAGAUCUGGAGGUGCAGUUGCAACAACACAUGCAGCAGGCAAGAUAAACCCAGGACCUGUGAGAAGUUUUUCCGCUUUGCGUGGGACUCAGGAACAACCAGUCUGGAACCUGGGCUUAGCCUCAAAAGUCAUUCGGGACUCCCGUGCCACUGCUGAGCCUCCAGCGCCAUCAGCCCUGACAAGAUGCCAGAGCAGAGGAAGUGCCGGUGCCCGAAACCAGGGUGGUCGCAAGAGAGAGGAAUGAAGCCUGCAAACCUUCACAUUCCAUCUUGUGCAGCCAUUGCCCUGCGUCUGGUGCCAGCUGUACUGUUGCAGCGUGCUAUUUAAUAAACUGUGUCGUCUAGUCCGUGUCUUCGUUUUGCUGCCCAAUUGGAGUGCUUGGGACCUCGUGGGUUUGGAUGAGGACAGUCCUAUCUUUGAAGGCUCGCUCAGGCUCUCAACCCAUGCAGGCACUUAGCACGUCUCUCUCUGCCCUUGCUCUGAUGGAAUACCAGUCGUGCAGACGCCUCCAAGAGGGAACACACAUCUCUGUCCUUUUCCCCUGAGGAGGCCUGAGACAUGGUUGUACUCAGGUCGGGGACUAGCGCUGAGCUACUGCUACUACUCAGUUAUCGGACUCUUCCUGCCACCCUAGAGCAAUCCUCCUGGUGGUCUGGGCAGAAGGUGGUGGUUGAGCUUCUGGUAGCCAUGGAAGCUUUGCAGUUCCCAGAGCGAUCUGAUGGAUUUGUUGCCCGCCGAGGGGAAAGGUGCGAAGAAGUGGGCAGAAGCUGGGACGGGGGAAUGGCACCUCAGCCAAAGGAAAACACUUUUCUAUUGUGAGGGUGGCGAGAGAGCAGUGUCAGGGAAAUGAAAUGGAUUCAAGUGACUCAGAAACAUAAGGAAAGGAAAGGGCCAGACCUGGUUUUGGCUCUUCAGCAAAGAGAUGUCUCCAGGGGCUCUGAGAUCCUCUGUGGGCUGAGCGUGGUCACGAUUGUGAUCCUGCUGGCAGCUGGGGACACCACGUGCAGCAAAGCACUCCCCUUCCUGGACUCCACGCUGAAAUUCGGUUGGAAGCAAGAACCAUCAUUGACUCUAGUGUGUGGGCCCUGGUCUGUUUGGGAGCGGAGGGUGGGCUUCAAAGCUCAGCAGGGCUCUGGGAGGAAACCCCUGCUGGGCAUUUCCCAGCUGACACGCGCAACUCCGAUCUCUCCCACUGACGUGGGCCUUCCCUGGCAUAACCCAGCAUUGACUGUGGGAUUUGCAUGAGCAACCUCAAGUGCCAUUUAAAGCUGCCACUGUCCUCCCACCUCAAAGUACGCGCUUUGGUACAUCCUUUGUGAACUCCAAAUGAAGGGAGAACCUUUAGACUUGCAGCUGGUUUAACCUCCUAGCCAAGCAAGGAUCUGUUCCCUCUCUCCCUCUCAGUUGCCAGGAGAAUAAUAAGCCCCACAGAAUUAGUAACUCAAAGGUUUCACUCUGAAUACAUCACAGCUGUGGAAAAUAUAUACCCCAGCUUGCUAGGCUGAUGACUUGCAACUGUAUCCGAAACAAUCAUCCUGGGAAUUCCCAGGCUGCUUCCCAGCACCAGCCUUUAGCAGGAAACAUCUUGAAAUUUGAAGCCCGAACUUGUAAGACCUAGAAAUGUGAGGUGGUGGGGAUCUAAAAGUUCUCAGUGUGUCCUCAAGGGUGGGCACAGCGUGCAGGAGUCGGCAGUACAGCACAGGUUGGGUAGGAAAGGACGAGGCCUCUUCUCUUCUGCUUCCGAUACGUACAAGAGAACCGUGCGGUCAGGCCCAGUCAACAUGGGUUUAUGAAAGGCAGGUCCUGUUCAAUCAGCCUGAUCUCCUUCUAUGACAAAGUGACCCACCUAGUGGAUAAGGGAAAGGCUGUUGUUGUUGUGUAUUUAGACUUCAGGAAGGCCUUUGACACAGUAUCCCACAGCCUUCUCCUGGAGAAGCUGGCAGCUCAUGGCCUGGAUGGGUGUACUCUGCAAUGGAUAAAGAACUGGCUGGAGGGCUGGACCCAAAGAGUUGUGGUGAACGGAGACAAAUCCAGUCAGCGUCCGGUCACAAGUGGUGUUCCCCAGGGCUCAGUAUUGGGGCCAGUUCUGUUGAAUGUCUUUAACAAUGAUCUGGAUAAGGCAACUGAGUGCACGCUUAGUAAGUUCACGGAUGACACCAUCUUGGGUGGAAGUGUUGUUCUGCCACUUGGGUCACAAUAACCCCAGGCAGCUCUACAGGCUCAGGGAAGAGUGUCUGGAAACUGCCUGGUGGAAAAUGUCUUGGGGGUGUUGAUUGACAGCCGGCUGAACAUGAGCCAGCAGUGUGCCCAGAUGGCCAAAAGGCCAACAGCAUCUGGACUCGUAUCAGGAAUAGUGUGGCCAGUAGGACUAGAAAAGUGAUUGUGCCACUGUACUCGGCACUGGUGAGGCCGCACCUUGAAGGAGACGAUGGAACAAACAUUCUUUAAUUCACAGCCAUGAAACAGGAGGCACUUGGUUGUGCUGAACAUUGGUAAACGCUGGUUUUUAUUCUUCGUGUGAUAGAUACUGUGUGCCAAGGCUGAGAGUGGUUAUCUAAACUCCUACAUUGUGACUCUCAUUAGAACAUGACCUGGUGUCUGAGAAUGAUGUUGCCAUCUUUGUUGCCCAGAGAUGCUGGCUACCAGUGAAGAACAGCUGUAGAGUUAGUCAAGGGAAUCUUGAUUUCUAACUCUGUCCUGGUUUUGUUAAAGAACAAGUUUCUCUUUUAGUGAAUUUGCCUGUCAGCUAAUUUGCCUGUCAUAUUAGCCGCGUUUUCCUGGAAAACCAGGCACAUGUUUUGGUAAACACAGCAAUGGAAUGCAAACUUAUUGAUAAGCACAGUUGGAAAUCUCGCGAGAGGGGCAAUGAGAAACCGGUGACCAAGAAACUGACCAACGGUGUAUAACAUUCCAUUCACGUGAAUAUUUCAUAUAAAAGUGGGAGAUGACGAGGAUCUCGCCCCUUUUGCCUUCUGCUUAUGGCCGACAUUAGGAGAGGACCUUGCUAGUCGUCCCUGCGAACUGAGGCCUAGUGAGAGACUGAAUCCAGCUCCGGUUGGCUGCAGAAUCCAAUCCAGGACUUUGGGUGCCAGCUCUGCAGUUGCUGAGACUUUCAAGAUUGGUUUUGUAUAUUUUGUAUUAUUUUCUCUAUUCUUAGUAGUAGCAUUAGUAAAACAUUUUUAAUUUUUCCAACUCUCUUCUCUCUGUCCUUCUUUCCCUCCCGAUCGCCUGUCCUUAGUGGGAAGGGGGGAGCGGAAGGGGCAAAAGGGGGAAGUGGUGGGGAGAGGAGGUUAACAAUACAUCUGCCAGGGUUUUAUUGUCACCCCGCAGUCUAAACCCUCGAUAGAUAAUUGGC